AUGACUCAAUCUAAAUACAUUAUACAUGACCAAAGCGUUGUUCUGGAUCGACAACGGCUUUUAGUGGUUUUUGGACUUCUUUCUAUUGCGUUGCUCAUAACAUAUAUUGACCAACAAUCCAUUGGCGUCGUGCUUCCCACUAUCGGCAAUGAGUUGAACAGCUCCUCUACAAUUGUUUGGGCCGGCACCUCGUCCAUGAUCGCCAACACCGCUUUUCAAACUCUAUAUGGUCGUGUGUCGGAUAUACUAGGGCGCAAAGUGAUCAUGAUCACAUCCUUGUGUUUAUUAGGCGUUGCCGACUUGCUUUGCGGAUUUGCGAAAUCUGGACCCCAGCUGUAUGCAUAUCGCGGCAUUGCUGGUGUUGCAAACGGUGGGAUUAUGGCAUUAUCAAUGAUGAUUGUUUCUGACAUUACGACAUUGGAGACGAGAGGAAAAUACCAGGGCAUUCUUGGUUCAUUCGUCGGUCUUGGAAGCACUAUCGGACCCUUUAUCGCAACUGGGUUUACACGCAGCGUGGGCUGGCAAGGGACCUUUUAUUUUGUCUCUCCCCUUGCUGUGCUUGUUGGCGUUCUGCUCUUCUUUCUGCUGCCACCCCAAGCAAUCCCGAAGGAGAGACUGAAAACAAAAUUGGGUAGAAUCGAUUACCUGGGUAUAUUCUUUAGUUCUAUUGGCACGAUAUUGCUCUUGGUGCCUAUUUCAGGUGUCAGAACACAGUUCAACCCUGACAGCGCAAUGUUCAUUUCGAUGAUUACGCUAGGGUCGAUCUUGCUCGUAUUAUUCAUUCUCCAUGAGUGGAAAUGGGCUGGAUUGCCUAUCUUUCCUUUCCACCUCAUGAAAAAUCCCGCGUUAGCGGCGAUGAUGGCCCAGAACUUCUUGAUUGGAAUCGUUUACUUCAGUCUGCUCUAUUUUCUUCCCAUUUUCUUUCAGGCGGCUCGACAAGCCAGCUUAUUAGACUCGGCUCUAUUACUCAUACCACUUGUCGUGCCCCAAUCAAUAUCCUCAGCUUUGGCGGGAAUCUACAUGUCCCACAAGAAACGGUAUGGGGAGGUUAUAUGGCUAGGCUAUGUUUUGUGGGUCGUUUCUUCUGCCGUACAGUGUCUCUUCAGCCGAACAUUUCCUCUUGCUGGUAUUAUUGUGGUUUUGGCCAUAGAAGGAACUGCUGUUGGCCUUAUUUUUCAACCAACUCUCGUUGCUGCUCAAGCACACAGCCCUAAAAAAGAUCGAGCCGUUGUCAUUGGGGCACGUAAUUUCACACGAGCGUUCGGAGGCGCCGCCGGCCUAGCAAUUGCAUCUGCAAUCUAUUCGAACUCGCUAGUAAAUCAUAUACCGACUGGAAUACCUACAGCAAUUGCGGUAAAUAUGAAAUCAUCAAUCUUUGUUAUUCCGGAUGUGUCAGAUCUCUCUGAUAGGCAGAAGAAUCUCUUAUUUGACGCCUAUGUCGAUGCUGCGCGUUCGGUGUUUUAUAUGUGGGCUGGUGCUAUGGGCUUGUGUCUCCUUUUGAUGGUUUUUGUUAAUGACAAGGGCCUCACUAGGAAUGAAGAGACGGAAAAGGAUGAACAGAAUGAUUCCGUACCUGGAAGUGAGUCGCUCACGUCCAAGGUUUGA